AUGUCCAGCGCUUGCCUGAUCUCAAUCUCGACCUACUUCCUGCUCAACCUCGUCGUCACAGUCACAAACAAGCAGCUAAUAUCCCACACCUCAAGUCCUUAUCUUUUGACUGCCUCUCAUGCAUUCACCACGUUUGUCGCCACCAGCAUCAUUUCGAGACUCACGUCAGCAGCGCCUUCUCAUGGCUCAUCUGAAAGACAACAAACUACUCAUGGAUCACUCAGACUCCCAUUCGGCACGCAUCUUGUCCUUGUCGCCUUCUCCCUCCUGUACACCGUCAACAUUGCCCUCUCAAACCUCACCCUCGGCCACGUCAGUCUGCCAAUGCACCAAACCAUUCGCGCAACUGCGCCUGCUAUCACUGUCCUUUUCACGGUUAUUGUCUUCCAUAAGCCGCUGCGAUAUUACCCUAGGGCUGUUUAUCUGUCUCUUGUGCCGACAAUAUGUGGUGUGGUAGUGGCAACUACGUCCUUAUCCGACAAUGUCGGCCACAAGGGACGUGGGAGUUCAACGUUUGGUGCGGCACUGACAUUCCUCGGCGCCAUCAUUGCCGUGGUCAAGACCAUGUUAACACACCAGCUUCAAAGCUCGUCCUCCUCCUCAUCACCACCAUCAUCUGGCCGAUGCAGGCUCCAAAUCGGUCUCUCGGCGAUGACGCUGGUGCGGUAUUUAUCGCCAUAUGCUGUGGUCCAGGCCCUUGGGUUCGCAUGCUGGACUGGGGAAGUCAGACACCUGCUUGCUCUUGACCCCGCCACAGACCUAGUAGGAGGAUUACGAGAGGUUGGCGUGCUAGCCAUUGUGAACAUGCUAUCCGCAUCGGCUCUGAACAUUGCGUCCUUCGAGGCCAACCGGCGCUGCGGGGCGUUGAGUAUGGGCGUCGCAGGGAAUUUGAAGCAAGUCUUCAUCCUUGUAAUAGCAAUUUGGGCAGAGCGAGAUGGAGGAGGCAGAAGUGGAGGUGUAAAUGGAAGAGUGGCUCUGGGGACCCUGAUGACAGUCGUGGGAGGGGUGUGGUAUGCUUGGGCUGGUGCUGGGAUCAAGGGGCGUACACAGAACGAGAGAAACGGCCGAAGAUGGGGCGAGGCAGAUGACGACGAGUAG